AUGAAUCCAGGCCAAUACUCCAACCCCGGCGGGGGCAUGCCGGGGGUCGUCAAGCCCGGCAUGCAGCAGCAGCAACAACAGCAACAGCAACAGCAACAGCAGCGCAAUGAGAACGCCCAGUUGAUUUUGAGCUCCGUCGCUCAAGAAUUGCAGAUGCAGCCUCGCCUUGGUGGAUGGAAAGAUGAAGUCCCCAUCAAGGUUCGAGCCAUGAAUGUGUACCAGAUGAUCACCUCCCUCCGGCUGAUUCAGCCUCGAAUCGAUCUGAAGCAGGCUGGCAACGCCGCGAUUGCCUUUGAGACCAACGCCUUCAAGAAGGCCAACGAGCUGAGCGAGUACGAGAAGGAGUGUAACGAGAAGCUGCUCCAUAUCAAAGACACUCGCCAGAGGCAAGCGGCAGUUGCGAUUCAAAGUGGCAUGAUGCCCCAAGGUGGGCUCGGCAUGCAAAAUCAGCUUCAAGGUGGCUUUCCGCACCAGAUGAGUCGGAACAUGCAGACAUCGCCCAUUCCUGGUCAACCUCAAAUGGCCAUGGGAAUGAAUGAUCCCAAUCAGCAAGCUGCCAUGCAACAGCGCCAGCAACAGAAUGCGAUGCUCCAGCAGCAGCAACAACAGCAGCAGCAACAACAACAACAGCAACAACAACAACAGCAGCAGCAGCAGCAACAACAACAGCAGCAGCAACAACAACAGCAGCAGCAACAACAACAGCAGCAGCAGCAGCAGCAGCAGCAGCAGCAGCAGCAACAGCAACAGCAACAGCAACAGCAACAGCAACAGCAACAGCGAACUCAACAACGCCCUACAAACGGUGCUCCUCUUCCCGACGACAUUCCCACGCUUCAAAAUCCUGACCUCGACCACGUUGCCCGCCUGGCACAGCAAAUGCUCCAAAAAACCUCCCCAGAAGAUAUGGCCAAGAUCAGACACAACUUGUCCAACAUGACUCCUGAGCAGCAACAGUACCUGGCCCGAAAGCGUAUGGACCCCAUGACCUACUUCUUCCGCUCUCAGGCUCUGAACCAGUUGAGACGACACCGUCGUGCCCGCAUGGAGAUGGACCGCGCUGCGAAUAAUGGUGUCAACCCGGAUGGUGGGAUGUCGGGUGAUCCCAUGAUGAAUCAACAGGCCAUGUUCCAGAACAUGAUGAAUCUUCAGCGCAACUCGGCUUUCCCUGGUAAUCCUGGCCAGGGCCAGGGCCAAGGCCAGGGCCAGAGUCUGGACUCGAAUGCUUUCUUCGGAAACGUGGAGAACAUUCAGGGCCAGCAAGCCGACGGACUCCGUUCACAGGAGGCUGGCCAAUUAGUAGUCCCCGCCAGCUCAUCGCAGAUGAACCAGCAGCCGUUCAACAACCAGCAGAACAUGUUUCCCCAGCAGUCCGGUCAAAAUGGCCAAGGGAACGGAAAUAUGAAUGGCAUGGGGAUGAACCCCCAGAUGUUCAACCAGCCGCACAUGCAGGGUCUAUCCAAUGGAGCCCAGCAAUUCCAGGCCCAGCAGGCGCAGGCUCAGGCUCAGGCGCAGGCGCAGGCGCAGGCUCAGGCUCAAGCCCAGGCUCAAGCUCAAGCUCAAGCUCAAGCUCAAGCUCAGGCUCAGGCUCAGGCUCAGGCCCAGGCUCAGGCACAAGCACGUGCCCAGGCCGCACAGAAAGCCCAGCUGGCAAUGUCUGGCCAGGCAAACCCGCAGGCGCAGGGCCAAUUCCCUCAACAGAGUCCUGUCAUGCCGAUGCUGAACCAACCCAUGGCCCCUGGUCAGAUCUCCCCGGUUCCAAUGGCUGCUCAGGCCCGACCCCCAUCUCGCCCACCGAAUAUGGGGCAGCACCCCGGUGGCAUGCAGGGGGGACAGCCCGCGAUGCAAGGUCGACCCCAGAUUCCUGCCAAUCUCCCUCAGGCAGUCCAGGAUCAACUGGCUCAGAUGACGAACGAGCAGCUGCACAAUUUCUUACAGAAUCAGCGCCGUGUCCAUGCCAACAACCUGGCUCGGGCUAAUGCUCACCAGCAGCAGCCAGGUUCACUUCAGCAGACUGGGCCACAAGCGGGUCAGAAUCAAGCGAUGUUUAACAGUCAGAUGGCUAACAAUGCUCGAAUCAGAGCCUCUAUGAGCAUGCAGCAAGGCAUGAACAUGGCCGGCGGGCCCCCUCAGGCUCAGCACAUAUCAGUCCAGCAGAUGAAUCCUCAGCAGCGGGCGGCGCACCAGUAUCGUCAAAAUGAGUUACUCAAGCUCCAUGCCCUUCGACAACAGAACAAUGGCCACGAGAUGACCGCUGAACAAAGCAAGGAGAUGGACCGGUUCCCCUUCCCGCAGUCUCUCCUCAACAAUAACUCUCAAGUACCGAAACACAUUAAGACUUGGGCUCAGCUCAAGCAUUGGGCAGGGACCAAUCCCCAGGCCUCGAGUGGCGGUGUUGAUCUGUCCAAGUUGAUGACCUUGCAAAAGCUACACUUCGGCCAGAUCCUGGCUGCGAAGGCUAGCCAGAAUCAAAAUCAAGGCCAGCAACCCUUCCAAGGACCCCAGGGCGGUAUGCCAAAUCAUCAGAAUUUCUCACAACAUCCUGGCAACGUGGCAAUGCGACCUAUUACACCUCAGGAUGUUCAACUGGCUCGCGAGAAGCUGGGGCCCAACGGGAUCAACUACAAUGAUGAUCAGAUUCGCGAUAUUCUACGAAACCGCCAGAAGCAAUUACUUGAGCAGGCCGCACACCAGCGGGCUGCUGCGCUGGGCCAACCGAUUCCUCAGCCUCCUGGCUCGGUGGCUCCAAACCAGGCGUUGAUGAAGCCAAUCCAUGUCCCUCAGCAGCCGUCGCAGGUGACUGGCGAGCUCCAGGCUCCGAAUGUGAAGCCCCAACAGCCUGGUCCUCCUUCCAAGGGUGGUAAAGCCCCGACUGGAAACCAGAGAUCGAAGAAGAGACCUAACCCGGAUGAGACCAUUGAGAAUUCAGUCAUGACUGCCCCUCCUCAGCAGCCCCAGGCUCCAGCACCUACCGCGACUCCUGUUCCUCAGAAGAUGGGUUUCCCAUUCUCGCAGGAACAAUUCAACGCGAUGAGUCCUGACCAGCGAUUGGCCAUUGAAAAGUCAAUGCGGCGUCAGCAACAGAGCGCCUUCCGUGGCCCGCCUAUCAAUAGGGCUACUGCUGAAGAGAAUUGGAACAACAACCUUCCGCCGAAGAUUAUGGAGGUGUACAAUGAAAUUUCCAGGGCUGCUCCACCAACCAAGCCUGUACCUGUUUCUCCAGAACAGAAGGCGAUCAUGACUCAGCAGCUGCGAGAUUCUCUGGAUGUACUGGCCCGACUUGAUGUCGUGGUCUUGCAUGGUUUUAGUAAGAUGCAGGGCCAAGAACGGAAUGUGAAGAACCUACUUGCCAUGCGAAUUCAGUUGAUGCGACAGUUCAAGCCCUCACAGGAGUGGAUCGUCAAUGACCAGUUCACCGUCACUCCUGACUACCUGACUGGCUCUAUCCUUUUCAUCCGCAAGCUGUUCCAGGUGAUGCUUGUUCGGAUGAACCAGCAGCGACCUAAUGCCAAUCAAGCCAUCCCUUCAACUAUCCAGUCUGGACAGCCUAAUCAAACUGCCGCCUUGAAUGCGUCCAACCUUCAGCAGUUGCAGCAGCAGCAACAGCAAGAGGAGGCUCUUCAGCGUGCUCGGCGUGGUUCCAGCCAGACUGCAGCUGUGGCCUCUGCACCCUUUGGUGCUCCGUCUCCGCAGGGAGUCCCACACGCAUAUGGCCCAGGUGGACUUGCUCCUGAGAAGCUCAAGCUUCCUCCGCCCAAAAAGCGAAAGCAAUCCCAAGCCGGGGUAUCCGCUUCUCCCAUGCAGGCCAGCGCCCCAAUCAUCGCUGAUGCAAGUUACAAGAAGGCUGUCGCGGAUGCUAAGUCGGCGGCUACCGCUUUGGCUGGUGCAUUCAAGUGCGCCGUUGUCGAGUGCCAGCACCACUUCCAAGGUUUCCCGACCAAGGCUGCUCUGGAUAAGCACAUUGAAGAGAGCCACAAGCCCGAGGUGGAGGAAUUGGUCGAGGAUCCUCUGCAAUACUUUGUCGAGAGUAUCGAUAUUGGUCUUGGGUUGACUGCGGACAACCAGAAAGCCAACCAGACCGCCACCGCCAAUACUGCUGCUCUCCGUUUGAUGAACUCCCCUGCCAAGCCUGGCCUAGCCACCCCGGCCACUGCCAAUGCGACUCCGAUGGCGCGUGCCACAAGCCAGCUCGGUGCUACGAGCGCGUCCCCCGCUACCUCAACCCAGCAGCUCACUCCCCAGCAGGACAAGGCCAAGAAGCCGGCGCCGAAGCUUAGUGCGCUUGAGCAACUCGUGGAAGAGUGUAAGGUCUUGCCUCCGUGGACUGCUUGCACCUUGACGCGGGAGGAGCUUGGCGAUACCUUUGAGCCCAUAUUCGACGAGUGCAACGUUCGUGGCGGGCUCGUUUUCGAUGACGUUUUCAAUAUCGACGCGCUCUCCGGUGGUGACCCACGCCGUGACCCAACUGAGAAUACUCCUGACUCGAAUGACUUGGCGCUGGCCACCCAGACUCCCAAGGAUGACCUCAAGGACCCGGUCAACUGGUCCGAGUGGUCGGCCUUUGAUGACGAUUCGGCUGUGAACACUGCUGAUUGGAUGAACAUCCCGCCCGAGCUUCAGGACAACAUCGCCGACGCCAUCAACGGUGUGAAGGUGGACUUCGACGGUCUCGAGCGUCAGCAGAAGGAGAUCAGCCUCGACAAUGGUGCUGGCUUUGCCAUCCCUGCCCUGUGA